AUGGUGGGCGCAUCGGUCCGCUCGGCGGCCGGCCUCGGCCUGCUGGCUGCGGCAACCGCCACCACAUGGCUCUCUUCAGCGCCCCUCCUGGCCAACGCCGCGUGCGAGUGCGGCUACCUCGACCCCGCCACAAACGCACUCUGGACCGACGCCGCCAUCACCUACUUUAACGAGACGGGCACCUCGGACAUGGUCACCAACCCGGCACAGUCGCCCAAGAUCUACGGCCAGCUCUCGGCCGGUGACACGGGCUCCGGCAGCGAGACCUGGGCCGUCGUCGGCGACCACAUCAACGACUGGGAAGAGAGCUUCGGCGCAACCUACAGGAGCGCCGUCAGCUACAACACCACAUACAUCGACCAGGCCUCCCGCGCCCUCGCCAUGGAGGUUUCGCCCGCCAACCUCAAGCACCGCAUCGUGAAUGGAUCCUCCAUCGUCACCCGCAGGCGCGACAUCCUCUAUGGCUCCUUCCGCGCACAGAUCCAGCCGCCCACCUCGCUCGGUCGCGGCGCCGCGUUCAAGUUUGGCGCGUCGUGGAAUGAAAGCGAGACCGUCGACGUCGGCAUCUACACGUCCAACCUGGCCGAGAACUCGACGCUGCGAUGGAGCUACUCGGCCUCGGGGCACGACGCCGACCCGGUGCAGACCAACCUGACCUGGCUCGACACCGAAGGCUUCGUCGAGCACCGCUUCGACUGGCUCAGCGACAAGCUCAUCCAGUUCCGCAACGAUGCCCCCAACGCCACCGUCAACUUCUACGCCUACGAAAAGGGAACCAACGCCUCCAACAUCCCCACGGUGGCCGCGCCCAUCAGCUUCCAGGCCUGGGCCAACGGCGAGCGCUCCCAGUCGCAGGGACCGCCGAUCAACAACCCGCUCGUCACCCGGAUCAUGUACACCCGCUUCUUUUUCAACUCGAGCCUGACGGAGCGGCACGACGAGUUUGACGCCCAGUGCCAGGCCAGCGGCGGCGCGGCCGUGUGCAGCACCGAGGACCUCACGCUGCGCGAGCGCACCGCCUUUGUGGCGGCGGCGACGGCCAAGCAGAAGGCGCCAAAGUGGACGAGCACGACGCCGCUCUGGUCCGGCAUCAUGCUCGCCAUCUCCGGCGGUGUCUUUAUCAUGACCAUCGCCCAUGGCCUCGUCGUCCGCAGGAUCAAGGCCGAGGAGAAGAGGCGCCUUGCCGCCAUCGCCGAGGCCGAAAAGCACCGCUCGCACGACGGCACGGCCACCCCUGGUGCAUCCACCGCCGUUGGCGGAGACAUGUCGCUUGUCGACGACGCCCGCAGCUCGUUUAUCCACACGCCCGCCGGCACGCCUGGCACUAUGACGCCGGUCGGCAUCACGGGCGCCGCCGGCGCCAAGCACGCCUUCGACCGCCCCUUUGACCUGUGGGCCUCUCCGGACCUCGUUUACGACUCGGACAGCGACAGCGACAGCAGCGACGACGACGAUGUCAAGAGCUGGUACAGCAUGGACGACGCGCGCGACGAGAAGGUGCGACUCCCCACACUGCCCAGCUACUCGUCCAAGCCGGACCUCAAGCACGCGGCCAGCGGCGGCUUCGAGCGUGCCAACGGCGGCACCGAGACGCCGCGGUGGGUGGGCGAGCUCAAGAGCAGCAUGCCCUACGUGGCCCCCGGCUACGCCUCGUCGAGGGCCGAAUCCCUCUUCGGCAGCCACCUCGGUCACGGACGCUCGGGCGGGGCCACGCCCGAGGGCUACUACAGCGAGGUCGACCUGGCCGGGCAGGACGUCUCGGGCCAGGUGUUUGAGAACGGCGGCAACGCCACCGACGACGACGAGAUGCAGGAGCACCUCGUGAGCCGCCGCAACUCGCAGUACGACGUCUCGAGCAUGGGCCACUCGACGUCGAUGGCGUUCCAGCACGAGGGCAGCUCGAGGCGCAACUCGGUCAUCCCUUCGGAGCUCCAGCACGGCCACCCGGCCUGGCAGCAGCCGCGGAUCAUCCAGUGGCAGCAGCGAGACCAGACACAGGCCGACGGCGAGGUGGGCCAGCUGGCUAAGCCCGAGGCGGGCGACUCGGCCACGCGCCGCAGCCGCGCCGUGACGGGCGACGAAGUCUAUGCGCAGAAGCCGCUGUUGAUGGUGCUGGCGGGCAAGCUCGAGGACAUGCUCUUCUCCAAGGGCAGCACCGCCGUCACGUCGACGGGAGCGCGGCGCAUCGACUACCUCGACGGCAUGCGUGGCUUCGCCGCCUUCCUCGUCUCGUUUCACCACUUUAUGCUCAUCUACUACUACGGCAUCACGACCGAGUCGGCGCCCAAGCACUACCCGAACUUUGAGAUCUGGUUCCGCAACAUCAUCGGCCCGCUCACCGUCAACCAGGGACUCAAGCUGGGCAUCUUUUUCGUGCUGCCGUCGAGGACCAUGUGCAACCGGUACCUGCUCAAGGGCGGCAUCGGCGGUCUGGCCGACACGACGGUGCGCCGCCUGCCGCGGCUGGCACUGCCGACGGCGGGCGCGGUGCUGGCAAACUACUUUUUGAUGGACGUCGGCGGCUUCAAGUGGGUGCCGCGGCUGGCGUCGCGCACCUGGUCGACGUGGUCCUACUGGCAGAACUUCCCCAACGUCAUGGUCUUCCUCAACGCCUUUAUCUCGCUGUGGUGGGCGUCGCCGCCGGACCAGCCGGCGCUCGUGACGGGCUACGCGACCGGCGUGCUGUGGACGAUCCCGGUCAUCGUGCAGGGUACGUGGACGUCGAUGACGUGCGCGCUGAUUGCGCACGAGAUCAAGAACCCGUGGAAGCGCUUCAGCUUCUACGCCAUCUGCGUCGGCCUGAGCUGGUACGCCAACACGUGGGACGUCUUCUUCAUGGCGGGCCUCAUCAUCGCCGACCUGGACCUCAAGCUCAACUACCAGGUGUGGGCCAAGCGGGGCUUCCCACUCGUCCCGGCCAAGGUGGCGAGGGCGCUGGGCCUGCCGGAGCGGGCAUCGAGCUUCCGCGUCCAGGGCCAGGUGCUCGCGUGGAUCCUGUUCCUGGCGUGCUGCGUGCGCGAGUGGCUGGCGUGCAUCCGCGACUCGCCCAUGGGCAGCUUCGACAACAAGAACUACGCCAUCCACCCAGACUGGCAGACGUCGCAGCCCAACGCCUGGCUCGGCAACGACGCCGUCAGCUACACGUCUCCGCGCAUCGGCAGCUGGGUGUCGGUCAUGGCGCUGUUUGCCAUGGCCGACCUCAACGACGGCUUCCGCCGCUUCUUCCGCUUCAAGUUCUGGACCUACCUCGGCAAGCACUCGUUUGCCGUCUUCCUGUGCCACGGCAUCAUCUUCUGGACCUGGUCGGCCUGGCUCUGCCUCAACAUGCUCAAGGUCGGCGCGCCCUACUGGGCCACGAUCCUCGUCGUCGUCACCACCAGCUACGCCCUGCUGAUGCUCCUGUGCGAGUGCUUCACCCGCACCUUUGACUACUGGGGCGGCCUGUUUAGCAAGAGCGUCUGGAGGGCCACGAGCGGCGGCUACAACCGCAAGGACUAA